AGCCAGGUGAAAAUGACCGUCGGAGGACCACUGAUUACUCUUUCUAACGGCACUAAAAUGCCCCAAGUUGGAUUGGGCACUUGGCAGUCCUCUCCCGAGGAGGUAAAGGGAGCAGUGAAGUAUGCUAUCAAUACCGGAUACAGACUGAUCGACACAGCUGCAAUAUACGAAAACGAGGAAGCCAUUGGAGAAGCAAUUCAGGAACUGAUCAAGGAGAAAAAGAUCAAGCGUGAAGAUCUCUUCAUCACAACAAAGCUAUGGGUAACUCACCUACAUCCAGACGACACCGAGAGUGCAAUCCGUGAAUCUUUGAAAAAAUUGAAACUCGACUAUGUUGAUCUCUACAUAUUCCACAUGCCUACCUGCUUCAACCAUGACAUGACGCAACAGAAUCGCUCAGUAACCGUGACCGAUGUGUGGAAAGGCCUCGAGGGUGUUUACAAGAAAAAAUUGACUAAAGCCAUUGGUGUUUCUAACUGCAGCGGAGAGCAGAUCGAGCGCAUCAUGAAAGUAGCUGAAGUACCCAUCCAUGUUGCGCAGGUGGAGCUGCACCUGUACUGGCCUCAACACGAAUUUCAAGAAAUUUGCAAGAAACACAAAAUAGCUAUAACAUCUUACGCUACUAUGGGAUCACCAGGACGUUCGGCUUUUUCUCUCAAAAGCGGCGCAAAACUGGAAUGGGCUCCAGCGCCAAAAGACAUGGAUGAUGAAAAAGUGAAGAAAUUGGCUGCAAAGUAUAAGAAAACUCCUGCUCAGAUUCUCUUGCGCUACGCUAUGGAUCGCAACAUUGCAAUCAUACCAAAAUCAGUGAAGAUUGCCAGAAUCAAGGAGAACUUUGAUGUCUUUGACUUUUCACUGAAGCCAGAUGAAAUAAAAGACAUGGAAACAGGAGCGCAUCGUCAAAGACUUUUCUGGCACGAAUUCAUGGAAGGACAUCCCGAAGACGCUUUCGCCGCGGAAAGGAAAAAAGACCAGGUGAAAAUGACUGUCGGAGGACCAACGAUUACUCUUUCUAAUGGCACUAAAAUGCCUCAAGUUGGAUUGGGCACUUGGCAGUCUUCUCCCGAGGAGGUAAAGGGAGCAGUAAAGUAUGCUAUAAACACCGGAUACAGACUGAUCGACACAGCUGCAAUAUACGAAAACGAGGAUGCGAUUGGAGAAGCAAUUCAGGAACUUGUCAAGGAGAAAAAGAUCAAGCGUGAAGAUCUCUUCAUUACAACAAAGCUAUGGGUGACUCAUCUACAUCCCGACGAUACCGAAGGUGCAAUCCGUGAAUCUUUGAAGAAGUUAAAGCUUGACUAUGUUAAUCUCUACAUAUUUCACAUGCCUACAUGCUUCAACCAUGACAUGACAGAACAGAAUCGCUCUGUAAGCGUCACCGAUGUGUGGAAAGGCCUCGAGGGUGUCUACAAGAAAAAAUUGACUAAGGCUAUUGGUGUUUCUAACUGCAGUGGAGAGCAAAUCGAGCGCAUCAUGAAAGUAGCUGAAGUACCCAUCCAUGUCGCGCAGGUCGAGCUUCACUUAUACUGGCCUCAACACGAAUUCCAAGAAGUUUGUAAAAAACACAACAUAGCUAUAACUUCCUACGCAACCAUGGGAUCACCGGGACGUUUUGCAUUUGGUCUGAAAAGCGGAGCAAAGAUGGAAUGGGCUCCAGCACCAAGUGAUAUGGAUGAUGCAAAAGUGAAAAAGUUGGCUGCAAAGUAUAAGAAGACUCCUGCUCAGAUUCUUUUGCGUUACGCUAUGGAUCGCAACAUUGCAAUCAUACCAAAAUCAGUGAAGAAUGCAAGAAUCAAGGAGAAUUUUGAUGUCUUUGACUUCUCAUUGAAGCCAGAUGAAAUAAAAGACAUGGAAACAGGAGCGCAUCGUCAAAGACUUUUCUGGCACGAAUUCAUGGAAGGACAUCCCGAAGACGCUUUCGCCGCGGAAAGGAAAAAGCAGUGAGCGAAAUGAAAAUGCAGCAACAGACUUUCUUUCAUAAAGCAGCAUUUGGAAUUUUGUUUCUGAAAAUCUGCUUUUUCCAUGGUUUUGAAAUUUUAUUGGAAUUAGUCGAGGCUGCAUGUUGUAAGUCUGCAAAGGCCAAUAGUUUGUGCAAAAUCUGGCUUUCAAAUUUUUUUGGUUUCAUGAAUUGAUUUUUACCGUUAGUAUGGAUGUGCACAUUUGUUAUGAUUUACAUCAGUUAGUAAAUGAUGCCACUCCUUUCUCCUCUGACUUUGUAGUCACAUGAAUUUAAAGAA